AUGAGACAGACAGUUGCGACGAUAUUAAAAAGUAUUGAGAGAUAUAACCCAGCUAAUCUUCAAACGUUGGAACGCUACGUGGAAAUGCAAUCUCGGGAGAAUACAUAUGAUUUGGAAGCCAAUUUAGCUGUAUUAAAGCUAUAUCAAUUUAAUCCUGAGAAAUUUAACGCAGAUAUUACAUGCCAAAUAUUACUAAAGGCUCUUACGAAUUUCCCCCAUACUGAUUUUACUUUGUGCAAAUGUUUACUAUUAGAAUCCGUUGUUGAAAAUGAAACAAUUUCACAAAUUAAAUACUUGGCAGAUAUUUUAGAGCAAUGUGACUUUGCUCAAUUUUGGAAUAGAGUUCAUCAGAUGCCUGAGUUGUGUAACCGUAUUAGCAGUUUCCAUGAUUCAAUUCGUAAAUUUGUAUGCCAUGUAGUGGGUAUUACCUUUCAGACUAUUGAUAAGAAUAAUUUAGCUAAUCUUCUAGGAGGUAUUGAUGAUGUUACUUUGAAACAUUGGGUCAAAAAAUAUGGCUGGCGUGAUGAAGGAAACCUUAUUUUCAUUGCCAACCAAGAUGAAAAUAUCAAAACCAAGAAUAUUACUGAAAAAAUUGAAUUCGAACAUCUGGCUCCUCUGAUGACAAUAUUG